AUGCGAUUUCAAAUUUUGUUCAAAUAUUGGAUUAAAGUUCAUUUAUCAAGCAUGCAAGCUUCGAUCUUCUUUGAUAUUUCCUAUAAUUCAACUCUGCAACGUUCAACCAUCAUCAUUGACGGGCAACAACCAAUAACGAUUCAUGCACGUAGCAACAUUGACGCACACCGAAUUUGCAAAAUCGAAGAAGGUGAGGACAAGCUUGACAGCGAUGAUGUUGCAUUUUGUUCAUUGGAGAAGAAGAGCGUCGAUGAGAUGAAGAAGAAACUUUGUGAUGUUGAGACGACGGAGAAGGAGGAUCGCUCUGAAUAG